GUCAUGUGUCUUACGGUACUCAAUCACAACAACAGUGUCCAACUGUCAGACUAUUUAGGCUAGUCUGUCCUUUUUAGUUAUAUUUUAGGCACCCGGUGUUUAAUAUUUAAGAUGAAAGAACUGUAUUUACUAGUUGUUGUUUCUCUCGGUGUAGGUGUAAUGGCCGGGAAGUACUCUCGGGAGUCGAACGAGCCUGUUAAAGCCGGCGGCGGGGAUGAGCAGACGGUUGAAUUCAGGAUAUCGAAGUUGAACCAAGCGUGGAACAAGGCCAUACGGAUGGAGUUGUCCCCUGUGAAACAAGCUGAGCUGCACAGUGACCUGAAAAUCCAGGAGAAGGCUGAGCUGCAAUGGAAGAAGUUGAAGCUUGAGGGUCUGGAUGAAAAUGGAGAGAAAGAGGCCCAAAUCCGCCGUAACUUCAAUGUGAUCCUGGCCAAGUAUGGGAUGGAUGGCAAAAGGGACACAAGACCUCUGGAGAGCAACUCUCUUAAGGACCAUGACAUUAAAGAUGGUGACGUUUUUGAAGAUCCCAAGCUGGACAAAUUAUGGAACAAGGCAAAAAGCUCCGGGAAGUUCUCGGAGGAGGAGCUGCUGAGCCUGAAGAGAGAGUUCCAGCACCACAAGGACAAAGUCCACGAGUACAGCAUCCUCAUGGAUACUGUGAGCAGGACAGAGGAGAUCCACAAGAAUGUAAUCUCAUCCCUGGAGGGCGACGGCAAAGAGCAGGAGGUGCAGCAGAAGCACACUGAGCUAAAGCAGAAGAUGAGAGACCUCAACCAAGGCUUUGAGCGCCUCCGUAAACUCAGCCACGAGGGCUUCACCGAGGACAGCGAAUUCCGGGAACCUCGUGUGAUCGAACUGUGGGAGGCUGCCAAGAGAGCAAACAUCAGCAAUGAUGAGCUGGACUCUCUCAAGGAGGAGCUGCAUCACUUUGAGACCAAGGUGGAGAAGCACAGUCACUAUCAGGAGCAGCUGGAUCUUUCCCACCAGAAACUGCAACAUGUGGCGGCUUUAGGAGACAAACAACACAUCAAGAGGAGCCAGGAGAAGUACAACACCCUUGCUGAGAAGACCAGGGAGAUGGGCUACAAGAUGAAGAAACACAUGCAGGACUUGCACAACAAGAUCUCCGCUCAGGGUCUGGCCCACAACGAGUUGUGAGGCCCUCACUCGUGACAACGCCAGUGAAGGAUCAAUGAACUCAACUUAGUCCCGCUUCCCCUCUCAUCCUAACCCAGUUGAGUCACUGUAAAAUAAUCAGUUUAUUUUUUUUCUACCUUAGUCUUGUUGAUUUGUUGUUGAGUUUACAAAUCACUGAACAAUUUGUCCGUUUUAUUUUUUUUGUACUUACAAACCAGCAAAUAUUUUUGGGUAAUACAUGAUCAGAUUUUUUUUUGUGGAAUAAAAUCAAUAAAGUUGAAACACUGA